CAUGUGCUGACGGUGCAAAGUACUUGAAUAGUCAGGUACUUUGCUGACGAUUUUGACAGUUUGGGAACUGUGAACGUAACCAUUGUUGGCAAAUAUGCGUGAACGUACCCAACAUAACGGGUUGCAAAUCAACAGGCGUUUGUUUGAUAACAGAUUUUUCAAAAAAAAAAAACGUGAAAUGACUUCCACAGCGUUAUGCUCAGACAUGCAUCCAGCUCUAACCGAAUAUGUGAUAAAAUUGUUACAGAAAAAUCGAAUCCACACCGUGUACGACUUUGCCAAAACCGAAGACGAUCGCCUGAUGCGGGUAUCGAAUUUAUCAUACGAAGAAAUCAGCUUCGUCAAAAAGGAACUAACGUCACGUUUUUCCGGCAACUGCAUCCAAGUUGUGGAAUAUUUCCGGUAUCUGGAAGAUUUGGUCGAACCGCUUAAAACCGGAAUCAGAGGGCUGGAUUUACUCCUAGAAGGCGGACUGCUUCCAGGCCAUGUGAUGGAAAUUUUUGGAGAUUCCAGUUCUGGCAAGACUCAGAUUUGCGUGACAAUGGCAGCAAAUAUUGCCCGUAAUCAUAAAUUUGAUGUAUUUUACGUUGAUACGAAAUGUGACUUUUUUGCUAGGCGAAUUCACAAGAUCUUGGAGCUUAAUAAGUGUUCAGUACAAGAGAUUCAAGAAACCAUGGGCAGAAUAAAAGUUGAGCGGAUCUUAUCUCCAGAAAGUUUGAUAAAAACCAUGGAAGAUCUUCUGAUUCGUGUGGACGAUUUAAAGAACUUCAAAGUGCUAAUAAUCGAUUCAUUGCCUCCGCUCUGGUAUCAGUAUCAGAACACGAAGAGCAGAUGCUAUCCUCUCGGAAUGCUAACCCGUUUGAUUGGGCUUUUGAGGAAGCUGGCAACGGAGAAUCUCAUAUCCAUCGUCCUGGUGAAUCUCAAAAUAACUGCCUAUGAUUCGUUUUCUACCGGUGGUGGUGGAUCGAGGAGAGCAAUGGCCAAUCAGAGAAACAGCAAUGAAUAUCCGGCGUUGGGACGCUUCUGGGAGACGGCCCCGACGACGAGAAUCUUAAUGAGCAAAAUCGAAAGCAACAGUUCAGGGCCGGAACGAUUGCUGGCGAUUUGGAAGUGCAGUUUUUUGAAAUGCGGAGAUCGACAAAUGGUGACAAAUUACCGAUCGUGGCGUGGUCUAGUUCUCUGAAUUAAUGUUGAAAGUAUUUAGUAAGAAUAUCACUCUUAUUUCAUAAAUACAAAUUAGGGAUUGUUGAUUCUUAAAAACCAA